CGAGAGAGCGGCGCGGGGCCCCCCGGAGGGGCGUCGGGGCCUCCAGCCCGGGCCCCGCUGCUCGGGGGCUCCGGGAGAAGCAGGGCGCCGAAGGUCCAGCCUUUCCUGCCGUCGUGGUUGGCUGAGCCGAGCUGCGUUGGAAAGAGUGUCACUGAAGAUUUGGUGCCUAUCGAGGACAUCCCUGAAGUCCACCCUGACAUGCAGAAGAAACUGCGGGCUCAUGGCAUAUCAUCCUACUUCCCAGUCCAGGCAGCAGUGAUUCCUGCUCUCCUGGAGAGCACGGCCAACGGGUUUCUCGUGGCCAGAGGUGGCUACCGGCCCAGUGACCUUUGUGUCUCUGCCCCAACGGGCAGUGGGAAGACUUUGGCCUUUGUCAUUCCGGUGGUACAGGCCUUAUUACAUCGAGCUGUUUGCCAGGUCCGUGCUUUGGUUGUGCUGCCCACCAAGGAGCUGGCCCAGCAGGUGAGCAAAGUGUUCAACAUCUACACAGAUGCCACUCCUUUGCGUGUCGCCCUGAUCACUGGGCAGAAGUCGUUGAUCAAGGAGCAGGAGAGUCUUGUCCAGAAGACAGCAGACGGCUUCCGCUGCUUGGCUGACGUGGUGGUGGCCACUCCUGGCCGCCUGGUGGACCACAUCGACCAGACCCCAGGAUUCAGCCUCCAGCACCUCCGCUUCCUGGUCAUCGAUGAGGCCGACCGCAUGGUAGACAGCAUGCACCAGUCCUGGCUGCCCCGGGUGGUGGAGGCGGCCUUCCCGAGGGACGGGGCCAAGGAGCCCUUCGCUCUGCUCCGGAGGCGGCAACCCCGGGCCACGACGGCCGCCAGUAUUUCUUGUCCUCAGAUGCCACUGCAGAAGCUGCUCUUUUCGGCCACCCUGACGCAGAAUCCUGAGAAGCUGCAGCAGCUGGGCCUCUACCAGCCCCGGCUCUUCUCCACGGGGCUGACAUACAAGGGCCCCAGAGACACUGACGAAGACGGGGACUCCGGCGGGAAGUACACCUUCCCCACAGGGCUCUCGCACCACUACGUGCCCUGCAGCCUCCGCACUAAGCCACUGGCCAUCCUGCAUCUGAUCCUGGAGAAGAAUUUCUCCAGGGUCCUCUGCUUCACCAACUCCCGCGAGAACUCACACAGGCUCUUCCUGCUCGUCCAGGCUUUCGGAGGCGUGAGCGCGGCUGAAUUCUCCUCCCGCUGCGGGCCCGGCCAGAGGAAGGCGGUCUUGAAGCAGUUUGAGCAGGGCAAGGUUCAGCUCCUCAUCAGCACAGACGCCACCGCUCGAGGCAUUGACGUGCAGGGCGUGCAGCUGGUCGUCAACUAUGACGCCCCCCAGUACCUGCGUACCUACGUCCAUCGGGUCGGAAGAACCGCCCGCGCUGGAAAAACUGGACAGGCCUUCACGCUGCUCCUCAAAGUGCAGGAGAGGAGGUUCCUCCGCAUGCUAGCCGAAGCCGGGGUGCCGGAGACGGCGCGGCACGACCUCCCCGGCGAGCUCCUGCAGCCGCUGGUCCCGCGGUACGAGGCGGCCUUGUUCCAGCUGGAGCAGGCCAUCAGGGAAGAGCGAAGGCAGAAGGCACCCUGAUGGGCUCAGGGGACAGGCGGGCUGAGCCCACCACAGAGCAGACCCUUCUCAGCCCGUGCCUCCUUCUGGGCCUAGCCACCUCCUUUCCGGAAGAAUCUUGAGCAGUGGCUGCUGGAUACGUGAGCAAAAGACCCGAUUCCUUGGGUUUCGGAAGGAACAGCCAGCGGAAAGGGCCUCCUCCUGCCAGGCUCUGGACAUGGUCGCUGCAGCAGGCCUGGCGCCAGGCAAGCUCAGGCCCGGGGGAAGCCGCUCAGGUUACUACAGACCUGAUGGGGCAGCGUCUGGGGCGUAGCCUUGGGCCCGUUAGGGGACCCUGGGUGUCCUCAGGACGUCUGCCGCCCUCCGUCCUGCACAUCGUGAGCCGUUCCGGGCGCCGUCACAGUGCGAAGUGUCUCCGCCCACACGGCAUGGGCACAGCCCCGACCGCGCAGCGGGGGUCUCCACACGGGGCCGAGGCCAACCUCAGUGCACGCCAGGACUUGCGUCGGGAGCGUAACAGAAAACAGGCUUCAGGAGCGCUGACCCGCUGUUGGCGUAAAGGUUUUGUUUUCAGAAUCAUAUGCUGUUAUUAAAACAAACUUUAAAAAACCA